AUGAAUUCGUCCAUGCUUCGCUGGUUAACGCUGGCCGGCGCCUUCGUCGGUCCGGCUUGUACGUCUCCGCUGGCCUCCGCCGUACCCGGCCAGCAGCGAUGCGAGGCCUUCUCCCAGACCCUCAGCAUCCCCAACGUCACCGUAGUCUCGACGCAGCACUACUCGAGUCAGGCCAACAUCACGGUUCAAGGGCUGGUCGCGUCUUGCGCGAGCAUGGGCACGACCUUCACCGCCCCGACGGACCUCUGCCGCGUCGUCGUCAACGUCGCCACCUCCCCCUCCAGCCAGGUGCGGCUGGAGGCGUGGCUGCCCGACUCGUGGGAGAAGCGCCUGCUCUCGACGGGCACGGGCGGCAUCGGCGGCUGCAUCGAGCGCCCGGGCCUGCAGAUGGGAUCGAGCAUGGGGUUCGCCGCGCUCGGCACCAACGCCGGCCACGACGGCAGCGCUGGGUACGACUUCUUCCUCGGCCACCCCGAGACCAUUGUCGACUUUGGCCACCGCGCCAUCCACGUCGAGGCCGUCGUGGGCAGGCAGCUGGCCGCCCAGUACUACGCCGCCGAGCCCGCCCACAGCUACUACGCCGGCUGCUCGACCGGCGGCAGGCAGGGCUUCACGUCCGCCCUGCUGUACCCCGACGACUUUGACGGCGUGCUGCUGGGCGCCGCCGCCGUCGACUGGCUGCACAUCGUCGCGAGCAAGGCCGUGCUGGCCCAGCGCCUGGGCUGGCCCGACCUGACCUCGCCGCGCUACAUCCCGCCCUCGUCGUGGCGCGCCAUCGAGGCCGCCAUGCGCAGCCACCUCGACCCGCUCGACGGCGUCGUGGACGGCAUCAUCGACGAGCCGCACUCGCUCGACUUUGACUUUGCCCUGCUCGGCUGCGCCAGCCCGACCCCUCUGCUCAACGCCACCCUCUGCCUGACCGACGUGCAGGUCGACGCCAUCCGGUCCGUCUACCAACCGGUGCAGUCCUCCGCGGGCCGGGACGUCCUCCCGAGCUUCGACUACGGGUCCACCACCGACGUCUUCAGCAGGAACCAGUCCCCCGCCGGUGUCGCGAACCUCACGUACCGCGUGCUGGACGACUACUGGCGCGGCGCCAUCUACAACGAUUCCACCUGGGCGUCGCAGCAGUUCAACCUGUCGCAGAUGGACUUUGCCGUGCAGCUGAACCCCGGUCUCAUCAACUACGCCGGCGGCGUGACGCACGACCUGUCCAAGUUCCGCGGUCGCGGCGGGAAGCUUUUGGCCUACCACGGCACCACCGACGAGACUGUCACGUCGGGCCUGGCGCUGCGUACAUAUGACCGCGUCGCAGAGACCAUGGGUGGGCUCGAUGCCGCCGGGAUGCAGGAGUUCUACCGCCUCUUCUACGUGCCCGGCCACAAUCACUGCAACGGCGGCCUGGGGGCCUGGACCAUGGGCCAGACGUCCGCCUACAAUCAGUUUGUCAACUUUGGCGGCCAUGGCAAGUUUGCCGACCGGAGACACAGUCUGCUGAUGGCUAUGGUUGCUUGGGUCGAGCACGGUGUGGCGCCUGAUUACAUGGUUGGAACCAAGUUUGAGAACGAUGACGUUAUAUCCGGACAAGUUGCUGCCCAACGGAGACAGUGCCCGUGGCCGCACAGGUCAAAAUGGAAUCAAGUAGGGGAUACAACGGAAGAGGGAAGCUGGGAGUGCAUCUUACCCGACGAAGCAUAA